AUGUGGAUAGGGAAUUUGACCGAGGAGGAAGGGUGGCAAAAGCGCAUGAAGACAUAUUUUGAGGGCAUUUUCAGGAAGCAAGAUGGCCAAGAAGUCAGACAACAAGUCCAGGCCAUUUGGAGGAGAUUGGAGAGAAGAUGCAAGGAACAACCAUGGGAACCAUUUACGGCUGAGGAGCUGACAAGGCUGAUGUCGAAGUGGAAAGGGGGUAAAAGUACGGGGCCUGACGGGGUGUCCUUCGAAGCACUCAAGGCGGUGGCCCAAGACGAGUACUGGCAACAUGCCAUAUUGCAGGAAUUCAACGAUGCCCUGUAUAAAGGCAGACUCCCACCUGACAUUAAGGAAUCCGUGACGGUACUUAUCCCCAAAGAAGCAGCGCCUAGGCAGUGGAGUGCCACACGCCCCAUCACCCUGUCCACAAGCUGCCUCAAAUGGCAGUCCCAACUCAUCCUUGCGAGAACCACCAAGCACAUCCUCCAAGGGGCCGUCUGGCAGUAUGCCCAGCCCGGAAAGCAGCCGGCUGAGCUGAUUCUGUCUGUUCGCAAAGCAGUCCUCCACUUCCUGCCUGGGUGUAUUGUGGAGCAUGCACCAUGGCAAGAGCACGAGGGGAGGGGCGCACUGAAAGGCCCAACCUUGCAGGAGAUGGUCCGCCCGCCGGGUAAGAUUGCAGUUACGCUGUUGAUUCGCAGUUAUGGAAAAGUUGUGCAGCGAGGACAGGCAGCCGUGGUGAUGGCCAAGAGAGCUGUUACGGCAGUGGAUGUUCUCACGCAUGGGAAAGCCGCUGUCCUACAUGGGGCGAACCGCUUCGGCGCUACGUGGAUGUCAAGCGCUGCCUCAGCGGAUAUCGUCAUUCCUGGACAUACGGACUAUGCCAGAAUUCAGUACAUGAAGAGCAAAAACCGCCCCACUGCAGAACGCAGGCUUCUCAUGACUUUCCACGGAAGAGCUCCAGGUGCGCAUGACGCGUAUGAGGAGUGUUGGGUCAGAGGGGCACUGAUGAAGCUGGGUGAUGCCGCUGGUCUGGACUCAGGUGUGGACAUAGGUGGUUUUGUCACCGACUACCUCGAAAGAAAGGGCGACAGCCACUUCUGCUUAGUUCCUGCAGGCACCAGUCCCUGGACCAACCACCUUUAUGAGAGUUUCCAUGCCGGCUGCGUGCCUGUCAUCCUCAGUCACUUGGUGAGUAUAAAUACGCUGCGUACGUAUGAAGUCUUGUCCAAGAUCUUGGGCAUGCAGGCAUAA